AUGGUUGACUUCACCGAGGAUCAGAUUGAAGAUAUCAAGGACGGUUUCGAGCUUUACGAUCGAACCGGCGAGGGCAAGCUCUACUUCAACCAGGUCGGAGAUCUCAUCCGAGGCCUCGGCUUCAAGCCCACCAAUGCCAACGUUGCCGAAGCUCUUGGCAACCCUAAGAAGGAAGAAAUGAACACCAAGACCUGCAACUUCGACGAGUUCGUCAACCACGUCAAAUUCUGCGCUGAGAAGCAGCAGGACGGUACCUUCGAGGAUUUCGUCGAGGGUCUCCGAGUCUUCGACAAGGAGGGCAACGGCACCGUUAUGGGCGCUGAGGUCCGACAUAUUCUCGCCACUCUUGGUGAGAAGCUCACUGUCGAAGAAGUCGAAAUCAUCUUCGAGGGUGCUGAGGACGCCGACGGCCAGAUCCACUACGAGAACUUCAUCAAGGAGCUCAUGAAGGAGAAGGAAUAA